AUGCAAGAUCGCAUGGCUUUCGAUCGAAUCCCCGCGUCGCGGGCAGUGCUCAACCCGCAGCUCGCACCGCGACUGGCGGAGUACGUGUCGCUGCUGGAGCCGGCCGCGGUGGCCGCGGAUAUUAAGCGGCUCGCGGGAAUGCUGCGCGGAUGGCGGAAGCUGCACUCGGGCCGCCGAGGACAGCGAGCUCACAUGUGCAAUGCCUGCUGUCAAUCGAUGGUGCAACGGGCGGCGUUGGCUGUCUUCUUCCUGCGCCAGUGCACAGUGCGUUUUUUUGUCCACAUGCGUGAACGUCGGGCGGUGGCAGGAGGGACAGGAGGAGCGGAGGAGGAGGAAGAGGAGUGGGAGAAGCUGAGAGAGCGGUGCAGAGGGGUGGAGGGGGAGGAGGAGGAGGAGGAGGAGGAGGAGGAGGAGGAGGAGGAGGAGGAGGAGGAGGAGGAGGAGGAGGAGGCGGAGGAGGAGGAGGAGGAGGAGGAGGAGGAGGAGGAGGAGGAGGAGGAGGAGGAGGAGGAGGAGGAGGAGGAGGAGGAGAGGAGGCUAUUUGACGAUCCUGUGUUUCUCCCAGAGCUGCUCUGCCUGCUGCCAGCACUGGCGCUCAAGUGCCCCUCUCUCCUGCCGCCAGAUCAUAAGCACACCUCCCACCAUCACCCCCCUUUGCCAUCCUCGCUUCCCCCUCCUCCUACCUCAGCUGCUCGCUCCCCUGCUCACACCCAUGCUCGGGCAAGCACAACCGGCACUGCCACCCCCCUCACUGCUCGUCUUACUGCUACAAAAUGGGCCUCAUGCACCUUCCGUGCAGCUUCUCUCGCCAUGGUCUGCAUCUGCCAGCUGUCUGCCGCUACAGCUGCCACGUCAACAAGCAGAUCCACGGCUAAAUCUACGGGUCCCGUGUUGCUGGAAGACCCUCUUGCGGUUCCCAAGGCGUGCCGGGCGGCGUUGCUGAGUCAGCGCGUGCUUGCUGAGCUGGCAGUGCAGAUCACGGUGGAUCUGAUUGGGACGGAGGAGAAGCAGGAAAAGGGUGGUGGUGGCAUGGCAGGGAGAAUGGGCUCGCAGGGACAGGAGCGUCUGAAGGAGGGCGGCGGGGUGGCUGUUGAGGCGUCUCAAAAGUCGGCCGGCAGAUGGUCAGCAGAACUGUCGCAGCGCCUGCGGGUGUUUUGUCUGUUGUGCGGGUGCGGUGUGGUGCGGCUGGAAGAGGCUACACAUGACAGCCUGGCAGCCAAAGAGCAACAGCAAAUCAGAGCCACCGAGGGGAGUGGGGGGGCAGAGGAGGGGGGAUGGGGGAGUGGUGGGGCAGAGCGAGGGGGAAGAGGAGGCAGCGAAGUGCUGGUGGUUUGGGUGCUGGUGCAGCUGAUGCUCAAGAGGCAUGAAGCUCUGGUACAGCUCAUUCAGCAAACCCUGAGCUUCCCUGUGACUGUGAAUACCGCCUCACUCACCUUUCUUGCCGGCACGGCAAUAGGUGGCGGAAGUUUCAACGUGAAUGCAAACAGCACUGCUGCCACUGCUGUUGCACCUCCUGCCUCUGCCACUCGCGAUCAUGCUGCUUCUUCUGCUGGCAGUGACAAUGCCGGCACUGCUGCUACAUCUCCUGCGUUAUUCUCUGCAAAGCAGGUGGUCAGAGCAGUGGCAGCGCUACACCCGUGUGUUGGAUCCGUGCGCUUGCCAAACCAAGCCCACAGUACGGUCCGAAAUUGCACCGGCUCAGUGGACAAACCAGCAGAAACACGGCGAGCACCAGCAGCGCAGACAGCAGCAGUGCGGGCAGCAGAGUGUGUGCAUCUACUGCUACAAGCACAUCUCUUCGCCCUCCACCACAUCAACCCCACCCCGCCUGUCUUCCGCUGCCUCUAUGCCGCCUCCCUCCCCAUCCAUCCCGUAUUCCCCUCCCUCCUCUCCUCCUUCGUCUCUGCUCUUGCUUCCGCGUCCCUCCCCGUUCCUCCACCUAACCCCUCCCGCACGCCCGUCUCGCAUCCCCCCUCCGGCCACCCCCCGGCACACCCGCAUUAUUCUCUCCCCUCCUCGCACCCCUCCCCCUCCCGCGCUUCCCCUUCUCACGUCCCCCGUUCCCACCCCUCCCCGUCCCACCCCUCCUCCGCCCACCCGUCCCCCUCGCACCCCUCCCGCUCCCCCCUCCACCCCACCUCCUCCCCCACCAUUCCAAACACCACUCCCACCCUCUCCCCCCACACCACACGCCCUCUCACCCCUGCCAUCCAACCCCUCUCUCGCUCAGCCCUCCUUCGUCUCAUUUGGCCGGCCUGCCUUCUCACCACCUCAGGCAUCCCACCCACUGCUCUGCUCUCCCCCCUUCUCCCCACACAACUUCCACACCAACUUGCAUCCUUGGAAAACGAAUCAGAGUCAAGAGGUGGGGUGAUGGGUGGGAAUGGAGACAUGAGUGGUACUAUGCGGUUGGAGGAGAUGUGCUGGGGUGAGGAGGAGAGGGUGUUGGCACGGGGGGCGUUGGGGUCGCUGUAUGUGCUGCUGUGGGAGCAGGAGAUGCAGAGGAAGCGAGGGGCGCGGGAGAGUGGGGAUAGUAGAGGGGUGCAAGAAGCGGGGGAGAGGAGAGGGACGCAGGAGGGAGGGGAGAGGAGAGGGGCAGAGGGCGUGCAGGGCAAGAAAGGACGUGCAGGGGCUGAAUUCGUGCUGCCAGAAGUGGGAGAGGAGUGGACGGAAGGGGAAGAGGGAAGCGAGGGAGGAGAGGGGGGCGAAGAGGAGGAGAAAGAGGUGGAAGACGAGCGAGAGGAGGGCAGUGGAAGGAGUGGCAGGAUUGGAAGUGCAAGGACGGCAAUGGCAGGGAGCAGGGGAUCGGUGCAGGCAUGCCGUGCAGUGGUGAUUCGGGCCCUGCCAGUGCAGCAGUGGUGGCAGCUGCUGAUGCGAGCCCUGCCCUGGCACACCCUGCUUGCUGCAAUGGAAGAGAGGUUCCUCGACUUCGCCCCUCUCAUGCCCACUGUGAGUGUUGCAGCUUUUGAGAGUGCGGCUUGUUUGCCAUCUGUUGCCCACUCACAUUCCAACGCCACAUCAUCCCCCACAUUAUCCACUUCAGCUCGCCUGGCUGCAACUCCAACAAACGGAACAACAGUGCCAGAUGGCAGUCUGCCACAUCAGCACGCACUAGGCAUCCUCUAUACCCUCCUGCAAACCCUCCUACUCCCAGACAUUCCCAACAGUCCCAACGCCCCUCUCAUCUCCUUCACUUCAAGCCCUGUGCGUGAGUCCGUUCGCCCUGAUCACCUGCUGCAGGCGCUCGAGUGGGCUCUGGCCUACGGCCUCCAUGCCUCACACUCUGACCAUGCAAUUCACCGCCAGCAGCAGCAGCAGCAGCAGCAGCAGCAGCAGCAGCAGCAGCAGCAGCAGCAGCAGCAGCAGCAGCAGCAGCAGCAGCAGCGUGAGCGGGAAGAGUUUCCCAUUCUUCUCUGUGCUCUCCUCGAUUCCUACCAAUUCCCGCUCUCUCUAUCCCUCUCGCUCUCCCUCUCUGCCUCCCAGCCUGCUGCUAAAGGCAUCACGGGCAAGCAAAGGGGCAGGCACACAGGCAGGGGAAAGUUUUCCAGUGCCUCCCUGGCCGACGCAGGGUUUGACGUCAGGGAUUGGGCGGCAGAGCUUGUCAUUAUCAACAGCCUGCUUCCUUCUCUCUUACAGUCGCACUCGCAGCAAGCACACUCCAUCCUGGACCUGAGGGCUAUCCAGCUGGACGAUUUCCGCAGGGCGUGCGUUGCUGAGCUGGCAGAGGGAGCAGGCGGGGAAAACGGUGGGGGGGGUACAAAUGGUGAUGGAGAGAAGGUUGGGAAAGGUGGGAGCAUUGCCGCUGCUGGUACUGCUGGUCUGGCUAGAGGGGGAGCCGGAGCAGCGGAGAAAGGGGAGAGAGGAGGAGUGGUUGCAGGGAAAGGGGGGGCAAGGGCAGGAUCCGAAGAAGGCAAAGGAUCUAAUCAGACUGGUCCUGGUGCUGGUGUGGGUUCGGGUUUCGGUGUGGGGUUGGGGUUGAGCAAAGGGGUUGUGGCGAGGCUGGGAAAGCGGAUGAGUGGAGAGGAGGUGGAGAAUGGGGUGGUGGCGAUGGUGGGGGUGGUGGCUCAGAUGGUUUUGGAGAUGUGUGGUGAGUUGCAGGAGGAAGGCGAGGAGGAGGGCGAGAGGGUGGACCAGAUUGCUGAGAGGUUGGAGGAGGUGGAAGGAGAGGAGGAUGAGGAGCGUGAGGAGGAGGGCGAGCAGGAGGGUGAGGAGGGUGGGGAGGAAAGGGAGGAGGAGGGGGUAGGGGAGGAGGAAGGGGAAAAAGGGCUAUGGAGGAAGAUGCGUCAGCAACAAAGGCAUGAGCUACAGAGGCAGCGGUGGCAGGCGGGGCAGCAGGGCAGUGAUGUGCGAGCGUGCCAGGCCAUGCUCUUCGCCUUCCUAGAUCAACUCAUCGCCCAACACCCACUGUUGCUCCGCCUCCUCACCUUCCAGGGCUUUUCUCUCACAUGUGUACCUCCCCUGGUUGCAGCCUCCCCAGCCACACGCUCCCUUCUCCCAGCCCUCGCACGGGAGCUGCUGCAGCAGCCAAUCAUGGCACGCCAGCUCAUGGGGGUGGCUCUAGUGGCGGAGUAUGCUGUGUGCUGCAGCAAUGCACCCGACGCUCUGCCCCUCGCCUCCUAUGUGCUUCGCCUGCUUGCCCACACGCUCACCUACACGGCUGCUGCCACCCACUUCCUCUCCUCGGCCCUCCCCUCCGCCGUCCGAUGUGCCACAGUCCUCCCCUCCCUCGUGCCCACUACAGUCAUGCUCCUGCGUGACUGUAUCAGGGUGGCGGGACCCCUGCUGCCCCACCUUCCCCCGCAAGUCCCCGCCCUCUUGGCAGCAGCGGAGGCAGCUUGGGGUGUGCUGGUCAGGAGCCUGUCUCGAACAGCUACCAUCCCUCUUCCUUUGCUGCGAUUGUCCUAA